GGAUUCGUUCUAGCCGAGCUCGUUGAUCUCCUCAAAGACGUCGACUUCAAAGUGACCACAGAAGAGGCAGAUCGCAUUGAGAUUUCCCACCUCGAAUGGGCAAUUGAUAAGAGGAACUCCUUGUUUGCAGAAGCCGUCGGUGCACCAAAAAUUCCUUCAGUAUCGUGGGACGACGUUGGCGGCUUUGAGGAAACAAAAAGGCUCAUCAUCGAGAGCAUUGAGGCAAAUCUGCAAGGCUCUCGACUACAGAGGUCGGGCAUUAUGUUGUUCGGACCGCCUGGAUGUGGAAAAACGCUCAUCGCCAAGGGUCUGUUUUCUCGUUAUUCAUAUGGAUAUCACACAUAUGUGCGAAUUUUAGCUGUGGCAACGGAAUUCAAAAUCGCCUUUUUGAGCGUCAAAGGACCUGAGCUCCUAAACAUGUACGUUGGUCAAAGUGAAGAGAACGUGCGUAAAGGGAGUCUUAUUUUUGUCAGUUUUCUUUGA